GAGAGAGAGAGAGAGAGAGAGAGAGAGAGAGAGAGAGAGAGAGAGAGAGAGAGAGAGAGAGCGAGAGGAGGGUGGAGGUUAGCUGAGAGGGAGAUUGAUUGAUAGUUUACUUGUUUACCUUCCAACUCCAUCCUCCUCUCAUCACAUCCCAGUUGGGGACUGGACUGAUUCUAUCACACAACAUGGCCGACAACUGGUGGUUGCCACGGGAUACAGGAUUUGACCUGAUCAUGUGAUCUGACUUCAUUCCAGUAGACCUUUCAUAGAUCAUGGCACCCAUCAUAUGACUGUAUUGCCUCAGGGGGAUCAUGAACAGACGUCUGAGCAGCUCGACCCGUUCCCAGACGGAGGACUCCAUCUUCCUAAAGCCAGAUGAAGACCCCAUGUGGCUGGACGACCUCCCAACGACAGACAACAAAUUCUCUCAACCAGGGGAUGGCCCCCCAAGCCCUGAUGCAAACCCAGGACGGGGGAACAGCCCCCCAAAGGACCCAGAGAUACUGUGGAGGGACACGUUUUACAUAGUCAUCAUGGGGAUGCACUGGUGUGCCGUGCUCUGCACCAUUUCCCAAAUCACGGGUUAUUGGGUCUUCUUUAUGGUGGAUGGUAACGAGUUGUUCCCAGCCUUCUACAAAGCCUUGCAGCUUUUAGACUUCUACCUGGGUGUCCUUCUAUCAUUCAACCCUGUGUUUGGAGUGGACUCUGUGUGCGUGUUGGUGGAGAUGGAGAAGACCAAGAACUACUGGCUUCUCCACGCCACCGAAGGCAUCGGCAUGGCUGUCAUUAUCUUCAUGAUCUACCGCAUUGUGUGUAAGUUGGGGUACGGUGAAGCGUGGUGGCCCACGACGGUGGUGACUAACCACGGGGACAGACGUCAGUCAGUGAGUCGCCAGCCUUCCUUCACCCUGUCAGAGUGGACAGAUGCCCAGGAGGACCUGAUGGACCUAGAAGCUGAACCCCAGACACCUGUCUUUGACCUGGGUCUGGACACCAGGACGGAGGGGGACAUCACCACCCUCUCUGUUACACCUGUGGGCCUGCAAGAGAGGAGGGGCUCCAACGUGUCCCUGACCCUGGACAUGUGUUCUCCUGGCUGUACGGAGCCCUAUGGCUACGGUGCCCAGCUCUCCCCCAGAGACCAGACUGCCAAGGAGUACCUGAGAGAGGGAACAAACGCACUCAGCCCUGCCCAGCUACACACACGCGCUAUGGACGACCAAGCCCUACAGGCAGAGUUCUAUGAAACUCCCAUGAACUUUGUGGACCCAAAGGAGUACAACUACCCAGGGCUGGUGAGGAAGAACCGCUACAAGACCAUCCUGCCCAACACACACAGUAGAGUGAUCCUCCAGACAGCAGAUGAAGAUGAAUUCCUCAGGACCUACAUCAAUGCUAACUACCUACAGGGUUACGGGGGUGAGGAGCGGGCGUACAUCGCUACCCAAGGUCCUACAGUCAACACGGUGGGAGAUUUCUGGAGGAUGGUGUGGCAGGAACGCUGUCCUAUAAUCGUUAUGAUCACUAACCUAGAGGAGAAGAAUGAGAAAUGUGCAGAGUACUGGCCUGAGGACUCUGUGUCCCAUGAGGGCAUCCUGAUCACGGUUGUCACGGUAACCCAGGAGGACGACUACAGCCUGAGGGUCUUCAGUCUGAAGUGUAAUGGAGAGGAGCGCAGCCUCAGGCAGUACUGGUACACCUCCUGGCCUGACCAGAAGACCCCAGACAAAGCCCCGCCCCUCCUGGAGCUGGUACAGGAAGUGGAGCAGGCAAGAGAGGAAGCUCUGCUCACCAGCGGCCCUGUCAUCGUCCACUGCAGUGCUGGGAUAGGUCGGACAGGUUGUUUCAUCGCCACCUCCAUCCUGUGUAAACAGCUGAGGAGUGAGGGUGUGGUCGACAUACUGAGGACUACCUGCCAGCUCCGCCUCGACAGAGGCGGGAUGAUCCAGACGGGUGAGCAGUACCAGUUUGUGCACCACGUCCUCAGCCUGUACGAGAAGCAGCUGUCCCACACUGCAGAGGAGUAGAGCACGACACCUGUACCUCCAUUUUAAUGUCACCCUUUAACGCACAGACACAACAACAUCCUGCCCCCUUCCAUUUCAGAGGCCCACAUACGAAAACCCCAAUCUUGAUUUGAGAACUUUGCUUAUAAGGCAAGACGGAAACUGCUGAGGUUUCAUUAUGCUGCCAGAAAUGAUUUGAAAUAAAACAACUGCUAUGAAUUAAAACUAUUUUACUGAUUUGCUUUGCGGACGAUGCUCUAAAAGGAGUGAUGAUGAAACGUUCUGUCACUUCUAACUCAAACAUUUGUUUUCACACUUGCCAGAGGUCUACCCAGGAUAUCUGAUCCUGUGCACCCUAUCAAGUGCCAGUUAACCCUGGAUUGUUCAGAUUCCUCCAGAUCAGAAAAUGUCCAGCCAAACAGUGAUGUUAAACACAGUGAGGGGUCACAUGUUCGUCUGAAACGUAAUCAUACCAAACUAUCCCCUGUGAGCAGGAUGAAAAGACAUGCUCACUGGGUCUCUUUACGUUAAAACAGUACAGCAGGCCUUUCAAACUCCUGGUGCAGUCACCUCAUCUUCAGGUUGCACGGUGCUCCGUGCUCAUUACCAUUGACUGAGCCAUGUACCAUAGAGGAAUGUAACCAUUAGGUAACUAGGCAUUGUGUGCAGUCCCUACAGUAUUACAGUGUCAUGUGUAUGUGCAGUCAGUCCGUCAUCAUCAUGACCUCACACAGAGGCAUCAUGUGACCACCGAGACUGAGGGGGUGUGUGCAUGUCUCAUCUCCUAGGUUCACACAUGAGCUGUUAGGACCGUCACAUAGUGGAAGAAUCCAGAGAUAGAGGAGUAGCAAAACUUGCCCCUGUUCUUUUUUUUAAAGGUGUAACAUAGCCUGGGUGCCAGUCUGCAUCGGCUCGGUGACAACCUCGUAUGGUAUUGUCAUGCCUUUAUCAUAACAAUGGAGUCAGAAAAAGCACAAACAGGUCUGGGACCAGGAUAGGAGUAAAUCAGAUAGGAGCAGAAAAGGACAAAUGUAAAGGUUGCGAGAAGAAACAACACUUCAAACUGGAGUUUAUCUUAACUCUAUUUGAUGGUUUUGCUUUCUUUCUUAGUUGUUAUUUCCCCUCUCACAAAGGAUGCAUGCUGGGAAAACCUGACCCCCCCCUAACCCUUCCCAUCAGUGCUCCGUCAGUGGUGUUGGGAUGGUGACACAUCUUCUCUCAACAGUAGCCUAAACACAUGCGUGACGUUAGCUGCCCAUGAUUGUUGUAUAGAUAGGCCAAGCCUAAUCCGUAUGAAGCACAAUAGACCAACUAUGGUUGUGUCUCUGAUGUUCAGCUGUAAAUGUUAUUUUCUGUAUCGUGUUUUGACUGUGUUGACUUAAAUGGAUUGCAUGUGCUGUAUGGGACUCUCGUAAGUCCACAAUCAAAGCGAAGUGAUUGGUUGUCCAGCUUUCCGUUGUGUAAGCGUUCUCCUAUUAUGUUGCAAUGCUUUUGAUACAGUUUGCUUUUGUGAAACCAACCAGAGAUAUUUUUAGAACAUUUUGAUACAAUCCUUUCGAGUAGAUGCCUUGUGUAUAUUACCAUUUACACCACAAUGGAAUGUAGCUCAUACUGUGGUCAAACCAUUGGUUUAUAUUGCAAGAUUUGACAGAUAAAAAAAAAAAAAAAUGUGACAACUAACUAAGUUACCUUACAACAACAACAAACACUGAUUAUGUUUUGUCUACAGUAUUACUUUGAUGCCUCUAGGCUUUGCUUUAAUAUGCUUUGCUUUACGUGUCCAAGAUUUUAUCUUGUUUUCACAGAGUCCUUAAACAUUCCCCAUAUUCAAUUUAAUGACAUAAGGAAAAUCACACUGGGGUUUCACUCUAAAUGUUCACGCUGUAGCUAGGACAUUUGUGGAGUGUGGUUUCUCUUCCAUGCCAAUGUCCAUGAGACGAACAGCUCGCAGCCAGGGUUUAGAUGUGGUUAACACCUCCGAUACUUACUAUUCUGACCUACAGUGUGGUUUCUCUGGUGUGUAACUGAUUGAAUUGGGGCCUGUGACUCUUGGCCAGACUGGCUUUACAACAACAUGAGAAAUAAUAUGAGCUACGUGUAUGGCAGCUAAAACAAUGAUUAAGAGUCGUAUGUAAGAAAUCUCGGACAACUUUCAUCUUGAUUGAAUACAACUGGUCAAUUACAGCGAACAUCACCAGGAGACAAUCUCCUUGUUUUGGUUUGAAAGGCAUCUCAAGAAGUCAGCACUAGUAUUUCAUCCUCUGCUUUGAAACUGACAAAAUGUUGAGUUUUGAAGAUGGAAAAUAGCUGAAACUUGGAGAAGCUGGAAAUUAAACUGUGAAAUCCUUUCUUGAUAACACUUAUUGCAAUUGAUCCAACAGCUACACUUUGAGUGGUUGUUUUCUGUGCUGACCGGGUCUCAUUCCCGUGAUGUAAAAGAAGAAAGGUCAAAUUGAAAUAGCCAAUCCAGUGAGCAAAAUCGGUUGAAUAGACGUGGAAAAUAUGUCUCUUUGGAUGAAGAUGUUGAAAUUACAUCUUUUGGGUUGAAAAGAUGCUGAAAAUACAUAUUUUUGGUUGAAAAUAUAUUACAAACACAUUUUUGGGGGAUGAAAAUAUGUUGAAAGGUGUCCUUUUGGUUGAAAAUAGGAUGUAAAGACAGUUUUCGACCAGUUCUGCUCACUGGGAAAAUAUCAGACAUACUCGAACCAACCAGCAAACAACCUACUCCUCUCCUCUGCUACUGCAGUAUUGCUUUAAGUUGUGAGUUUUUGCAUCCAAAUAAAAGUCGAUU